AAUUGAUUUAGGCACUCAUGCUGAUGCUGAUCUUUGCAGGAUGUUGAAAUUGAGGAGGAGGUUGAUGUUAUAAUUUCAGAGUGGAUGGGCUACAUGCUCUUGUAUGAGAGCAUGCUUGGGAGUGUAAUUACAGCCAGGGAUCGUUGGUUGAAGCCCGGAGGACUUAUUCUUCCUUCUCAUGCUACGUUGUACAUGGCACCUGUUACGCAUCCUGAAAGAUAUAGUGAAAGCAUUGAUUUCUGGCGCAAUGUUUAUGGGAUUGAUAUGUCUGCUAUGGUGCCGCUUGCAAAACAGUGUGCAUUUGAGGAGCCAUGUGUGGAGACAAUAUCGGGUGAGAAUGUUUUGACGUGGCCAUUUGUGGUUAAGCAUGUGGAUUGCUAUACAGUCACAAUUCAGGAACUUGAGUCUAUAACAGCAAGAUAUAGAUUUACAUCAAUGAUGGCUGCUCCCCUUCAUGGUUUUGCAUUCUGGUUUGAUGUUGAAUUCAGUGGACCUGCAAUUUUCCCUACCAAUAACCAAGUCCAAUCUCCGCAGUUAACAUCUUCCGACAUCCAGCCAUCAGAUAGUCAGAGGAAAAAACGACAAAAACCCAAUGAGGCACUUGUGCUGUCAACUGCUCCUGAGGACCUUCCAACACAUUGGCAACAGACAUUGCUCUACUUUUACGACCCAAUAGAGGUGCAGCAGGACCAAGUAAUUGAAGGCUCCAUAACACUGUCACAAAGCAAAGAAAACCCACGAUUCAUGAAUAUUCACCUUGAAUAUGCUUCUGGAGGUAGAGCUUUCGUGAAAGAGUCAGUUAUGCGGUGAUCCUAUUGAAGGUUCCCCUGUCACUAUUUCCCUGUGGCACCUCUGAAGCCAAGCUGGCUUGGAUCUUACAUGGCAUGACUGUUAUGAACUGUGUUGGAUUUCUUGCUCAACCAGAUCCCGGAGAGCAGUUUUCGCAGCUCACCAUUGGGUUUCAGCUUUUCUUCACUCCAUGCCUCGAUAGUGGAGCUCUAACUCACCUUUCACUGUUUGUUAUAGAUAUCAGCUAACCACACUUCCACAGGUUUGAAGGGAAUGGAGAAUUCAUGUGUGUGUGUGUUUUUUUUUUCCUUCAAAAACUCACCCUCAAGUUGAGCUUAGGCUUAUAUGUCAAUCCUGUGGCAAGACAGUCAUCAAAUCAAGCUGAUUGAUUUUCAA